UCUCUUGCAACAAUCUAAUGGAUUCAGAUGAAUUCAUCACUGUUAUGACCUCUUCUCUAUCAUUCGCCUCUACUUCUACUUCAUCACCUUCACCUUUACCUUCACCUGCACCUGAAUCUCCUCCUCCUCAUCCUCUUCCUCUUCUUGUGGUCAGACCUUGUGGUGCUUGUAAGGGCCUCCGUCGACGAUGUGUAACAACAUGCCUCUUGGCACCAUACUUUCCUCCAACUCAACCCCUCAAGUUCUUGGCUGUUCACAGGGUGUUUGGAGCUUGCACUGUCUCCAAGUUCUUGCAGGGAAUUCCGGAGUCUCGAAGGGCUGAUGCAGUGGAUAGUAUGGUCUACGAGGCGACCAUAAGGAUUAGAGAUCCAGUGUAUGGGUGUGCAGGUGUAAUUUCCAAUCUGCAGAAACUCAUAAAACAGCUUCAGAUGGAGUUGGCUACUACAAAGGCUCAACUUCUUAUUAUAACAUCUCAACAGGAGAACCUACCAGAGACCAGUACAUGCAUGGAAAUGAAAGAAGCUGAUCAACUGCCCACAUUGCAACAACCCUCAUUGGAAGACUUCAUGUCCUGUGCUACUCCUUACUCCUUUCAGAAUUGCGAAAACUUCUUAUGGGACAACUCAUUCCUUCCUUUGGAUGACACAAAUAAUGGAGGAAUUUAGUUACCCUUUCUCAAAGAUUUAAAUAUUGUUUGAAUGGUAACAAAGAGGGGGAAAAUUUUUCAGAGAGUUUUAUGUUAACCAACUCAGGU